ACGAGCAGCGGGGAGAGAGAGAGAGAGAACGAGCGAUGCUUCGGCUUUUUAUCUCGAGGGCGGCCGGAAGCCAGAGGCCGCUCUGCUCUCGCAAUCAACUGCGAGGGAUACACGAGAGAAACAAGAAGGCAAUGGGAUUAGUGGCCAAGGGUUGGAGUGCACUCCAAGAAGUCGACAGAGUUAUUGACCACGCCGACCUCAACGAUCCACGUCUUAUCCCUCUACUUAGGGCUGCGAAGGAUAACUUUGAAUUGGCUUUGGAAGUUGACAAUAUGAAUACCCAUGCAAGGUACUGGUUGAGCAGGAUGCACUUCAAAUAUCAUGUUCCUGGAGCCUGCAAGCUCAUAGGUGUUGCCCUACUUGUGGAAGCUGCAAAUAUGGGCGAUGCAGAUGCACAAUAUGAGCUUGGUUGUCGCCUCAGGGUUGAUAAUAAGUAUGUGAAGUCAGAUCAGCAGGCUUUCUAUUAUAUAGAGGAAGCAGUUGACCAGCUUCAUCCAGGGGCUUUAUAUCUUCUUGGCUCUGUUUAUUUGACUGGAGAUUGUGUAAAGAGAGAUGUUGCUUCGGCAAUGUGGUGCUUCCAUAGAGCAUCUGAAAAGGGCCAUGCUGGAGCUGCAAUUGCUUACGGUUCGCUCCUUUUAAAAGGAUAUGAAGUUCCAGAAGUUAUAAUGAGGUUUAAUUCAAGCAGGAGCCCUUCCACUGGUGGUGCGAGGAAGAAGGAAGUAAAGUGGCAGAAACAAGAUGCAGUGGAGAUGGCAAAAGAGCAGUUUCGGAUUGCUGCAGAAGUUGGAUGCGAUCUUGGUCUGCAUUGGUUAAACAGGCUUUCAGAUUCUGAAAAGCAAUGAGUUAUAAACUUUGUUUGGGACAGCUUUUUUAUUGUUUUGUAAAGCUAUUUU